AUGGCUCUCCCCUUCGCGCCGCCACCCAAAAGCCCUUUGGGUCGCUAUCGCCUGUUAUCACCCACCGCCUCUAUUUGGGUUUCCCCUAUCUGCUUGGGUACAAUGAACUUUGGCAACGCUUGGAAAGAGUGGAUGGGCGAAUGUGAUCAGUCUACAUCAAACUCAAUCUUGGACUUUUACUACGAACAGGGGGGGAACUUCAUCGAUUCUGCAAACAACUACCAAUUCCAGGAGACCGAGAAAUGGGUGGGAGAAUGGAUGAAGAAGCGUGGGAACCGUGACGAGAUCGUCCUUGCCACAAAGUAUACCACCAACUUCCGGGCCGGACCCGGCAGGCCAAAUAUUCUAGUAAACUUCACUGGGAACGGCUCCAAGAGUCUCAAGGUUUCGGUUGAGGCCAGUCUUGAGAACCUACAGACCGACUACAUUGAUCUACUCUAUGUCCAUUGGUACGAUGGCAACACUACUAUUCCAGAGCUAAUGCAGUCUCUCAACCAGCUCGUUCUUUCUGGGAAGGUCCUUCACCUAGGCAUCAGUGACACUCCUGCCUGGAUUGUCAGUAAGGCGAAUGAAUACGCUCGCUGCAAUGGACUUCGCCAGUUUUCAGUUUAUCAGGGGCGGUGGUCUGCAGCCUCACGAGACUUCGAGCGAGAAAUCAUCCCAAUGUGCCGAGCUGAAGGAAUGGGGAUUGCUCCGUGGGGCUCUCUCGGCGGUGGAAAGUUCAAGACUGAGGAACAGCGCAAUGCUCAGGAAGGAAGAAGAGUGGAGGCCAGCGAGAAGGAGAUCAGAACCAGUCAAGUGCUGGAGUCCAUCGCCAAUCGUAAGAACACACUCAUCACUAGCAUCGCACUGGCAUAUGUCAUGCACAAGACCCCUUACGUAUUUCCAAUCAUUGGAGGCCGCAAGGUGGACCAUCUUAAGGCCAACAUACAGGCGCUCACCCUGAACCUAUCACAAGAGGACAUUGAGGAGAUCGACGGUGCUGUCGAGUUUGACCCAGGAUUUCCCAACGAUUUUCUUUACCGCGGAGGCCAGUCGAUUGGAGGCCCAGACGUUUGGUUGCUUCAGAUGGGCGGCACGUUUGAUCAUGUCCAGUCGUCCAAGAUAGCCCGUCUCGCCGGCGAAAAGGGGGGAAUAGGGCGUCCGUCUCAACGCAAACUUUUGGCGAUGGCUACCGUCGCGGCCCAGGCCGAGCUGGGUGGGAUUGGACUGGAGGGAAAGGGUUAG